CUUUGCUUGCUCACGGCCCAUGCAGGCUGGGGAUGAUGGGACUUGUGUUGCAGCACUUCUAGUGGUAGGAGAGACAGGCAGACAGACAAUGGAUCGCUGCAGCCAGUCCCCAAGGUAGAACUUGAAUUCUUACGAAUGAAGCAGGAUGAAUGCAGCCUAAAGGGACAGUCUGGAAGCCCCCACAGUUGGCUGCUUUGCUCAGAGGCCUCCGCCUGGUCUUUUGGCCCACCCGGCUCCUUUCCCCGUCCCUCCUCCUAGCUCCCCAGACGUGUGGCUCAAAGGCGUUCCACUGCCAGCAGGGUGGCUGCAUUGCCGCAGACCGGGUGUGUGAUGGCACCGCAGAUUGCAGGGCUGGUGAGGAUGAAGACGAGCCUAAAUGUGCCACCUUCACAGCGUGUUCCUUUGAGGAUAACUGGUGCCAGUGGACGGUGGUACCCAACACGACUCUUCCCUGGCUACGAAACUCGAGUUUCCACCUGGGCUUUCCGCCUGCCGGGCCCUCACGGGAUCACAGCACCAACAGCCGGGAAGGCUUCUUCGCAUAUGUCGGGACCCAGAAGCUGGAGCUGCACGAGGGAAGAGCUCGGCUGAGCAGCCCAAUGCUGGCCCCGGACGCCAACCAAUCCUGCUACCUGGUCCUCUACCUCCACCUGCAUGGCUCAAACAGCAACAGCCUUAACGUCUAUAGCCAGACUGUGGAAGCCUUGCAGCUCGUCUGGAGCCGCACGGGGGACCUGGGCAAUUACUGGUUCCGGGAGAAAGUGGAUUUCGUGGACACGUUGAAGAUGUUCAAGAUUGUCAUCGAGGGCAGGAUUGGAAGGGAACAGGAAGGAAGCAUCGCUCUAGAUGACCUUCAUCUGUCUCCUGGCUGCAAGUUGGUGCAGGACAACCAGCUCCCGACUCCUGCCGCGCUGGAGCCCUCCGGCCCUUGCCCCGAGGGGCAGUUCGCGUGUGACCAGGGCAAGCGAUGCCUUCACCUCCAGCUGCUCUGUAACUUUAAGGCCGAGUGUGACGACGCCUCUGACGAGCAGCAGUGCGGAGGGACCAAUUUUGCCAAGGGCCCCGGGGGUUGGAUGGACAUCAGCGUCGGCCGCCUGCGAUGGACUACUAGCCGGCUCAGUCCUGUGGGGCCAGCUUUCAGUCUGCAGGAGGGCUCUGGGCAAAUGUUCUCCAUGGCCCGGGCUACUACUCCUGUGUUGGGCCCUUCGGGUUUAGGCUGUGUGCUGCAGAUGGACUUCACCACUGGCCCAGAAGGCUUCCUCGCCCUUGCCAUCGCCGAUGGGAGCCUGGGCACCCACUGGUGGGCUUGGUUUGCCCAGAGCAACGGGACCACUUCCUGGGCACCGGCCACAGUGCCUCUGGGCGCAAGAAAAAGGCCCUUCCAGCUUGAACUGCUUGCCAGGGCUGAUCUCGGUGGCUCCUGGGGGGCCUUGCCACUUGCUGUCAGCAAUAUCUCCUUUGUGAACUGCAGCGCCGAAGCCCCAGGCUCAGCCCCCCAGGCAGGGCUGUCCUGCAAUUUUGAGACCGGCUGGUGCAGCUGGUAUCUGGAGCAGAACGAUGGCUUUGAAUGGAGGCUGAGCAAAAGCCGAAGAGGGGCUGUGGACCACACCAUAGGCACAGGCUCUUUCCUGUUUGCGGAUCCUGGUGGAGCCUGGAAUCCAGGCUGGCGUGCCCGGCUCGUUUCUGCUCCCCAGGCGGCGGCUGCUUCAGCCGCUGUCGAGGCCUUCUGUCUUUCCUUCUGGUAUCGCAUGGAUGGCCCCCAGAUUGGGACCCUGGCCCUAAAAGUGAAGGAGGCUGGAGAACCGGAGCAGGUGCUUUGGACCAGGAGGGGGAGCCACGGGGCAGUUUGGCAUCCAGCAUCCUCCUCCAUUUCCCCCAAGCCUGGUCAGGAUUACCAGGUGAUCUUUGAGGCUCUUCGGGAUGGCUUCCUGGGGAGCAUAGCUUUGGAUGACCUCAUGGUGACGCCUGGGGCCUGCCCGGCCCAGAGGCACUGCUCCUUCGAGGGUGACGAAUGCGGCUUCUCGGGCCCCAAGCAGCAGGCAUGGCAGCGGCAGAGUGGCACCGGGGGCCAGGGCCCUCCCGUGGAUCACACCAUGGGCGAGCCGAAAGGGCAUUACAUGAUCCUCCAGACUGGUGCAGACAAUCUCCCUUUGGGGCAGGUGACUGUCCUGCGCUCUCGCGCCUUCCCUCCUCUGCUCCGCACCCACUGUGUCUCCUUCUGGUACUACCAAAGCGGCAGUGAGCCAGGAUCCUUGACUGCUUACGUGGAGGAGGAAGAGGAGAAAGAAGAGGGAGCAGAGACAGAGACGCUCAGUCUGGAUCCGACACAGGGGGCAGCCUGGCGGUAUGGCAGCUUUGUGGCAAAGGUCCACGGGAGAUGGCAGGUGGCCUUUGCAGUGACAGGCACUGGCGGAGAGCCAGCCUCUUACAUCGCCCUCGAUGACAUCUUUGUGAAGGAAGGCAGCUGCUCUGAACCAGCCUCUUGUGACUUUGAGUCAGGCCCCUGUGGCUGGAGCAAGCCUCACGGAGACUGGUACAGCUGGGACUGGAAGGAAGCAGCCACCACGUUGCGCUCUCCAUCUCCCAAGGAAGACCACACCCUUGGCACCAAUGCAGGUCACUAUGCCUACGUUGACCUGGCAGUGCUGAGCUUGGGAAAGAGCACCGCACGCCUAGUGAGUGAGCCCCUGGCACCCACCACGGGCUCCUGCCUGCAGUUCCACUACCACAUGGACUUCCUUGGCCACAGCUCUCCUGCAGAGCUCACAGUGAGGCUGAGUGGGGCGCAGGGGGAAAGGGUGAUCUGGACUGACAGAGGCCAUCAGAGCUGGACUUGGAUGAACCGAACGCUCCUAGUGACCAGCCCUGUGGAGUUCCAGAUCAUCCUGGAGGCCAGCAGUGGAGCCUGGCCGAGCUCAGGGGUGAUUGCGCUGGACGAUCUCCACUAUGCAGCUGGGCCGGACUGUGCCUCUCCCCAGGCAGACCAAGCGGAAGAGAGCAGCAGCCCCCUCCCAGUAUCGACCAUCGCUAUAGUGGCUAGUGUGGUAAACCCCGUCCUGUUGCUGCUGAUUGCAACCACCUGUUGCCUGUGGAAGAGGCGAGGCAGUCGGGAAAGGAUGGUGGAGGAGGACGGCAACGAGCAGGGUUUUGACAACAUCGCCUUUCGAGAUGACAGAAUCAUCUUGCCCCAGAUGGCUCCUGACCCAGCAACGUCCUAGGCUGGCCCCUGCCUUCCCCGUCCGGUCUUGAAUCAGCCUAUGUUGCUUUGGAGAGGCAACCGGAGCGACUCCAAUAAAGGGGAAUCCUUGAGACACAGUUGAAAUCGGUCUCUUUUCUUGACCAGAGAUAGGCAGACAUUCACCACGGUUGGAACCAAUGUGGGUUGCUACUGGUUUGGGCGAACUGGUAGCGGUGGUAGCAGGAGGCUCCCCCCCACCUGGCCAGACGCUUCUGUGCAUGCGCAGAAGCAUCGCGAGCGCGAGCAAACUGGUAACAAACUAAACUGAAACCCACUACUGGUUGGAACGUCCCAUCUAUGGCUACUCAGAAAGCAUUUCAACUCACCACACGAGGAAAUUAAAAUAAACCCGAUAGGAGUG